UUAAAUUUUGGGUCAUGAAAUCGUUUAUCUUUUCUAUGUAACAAGAUUCCAGGUCUUCCUAGGUUUGUUACUAUGUGACGAGAUCCCUCAACACAACAUGGCGGUCUGUUUUUUCGUCGUUUUCGUUUUUGUUAGUGACUAUACGGGUUUUUCUGACGGUUUGCUACUUACGGAUCCGACUCAUGUAGAACAGCGACUUAACCAACUGGAGAACCAGAUUCAGGGACUGUCUCAAGUGGUGAAUUCACUGAAGCAAGAAAACACGGCACUGAAAGCUCAAGUGUCAGGAAACACAACUCUGGUCUAUUUCUCCGCCUACCGAACAAACACCCUGACCUUUCCUUCGACCACAACAGCAGAUGUUGUAUACGAUGGUGUUCGAAGCAACCACCACAACUGCUAUGACGCAACAACGGGUCUUUUUACCGCCCCCGUAAAAGGCUUGUACGUUUUCACAUGGGAAUCUCUGACUGCCGCCGACAAAAUAUUUGACAGCGAGUUAAUGGUCAAUGGCGUCGUGAUUAUGUUGAACAACUGCAACUUCCUAUCCACCCAAGGGGCUUACUCGUCCUGUACAGGGGUUGCGCCAACUCACCUUGAACCCGGGGACAUUGCACACAUCCGGGCUACUUCCGGAAACCAUCUGCACGGGGGCGGAUGGUCAAGUUUUAGUGGAUGGCUUGUUCAUAGAACGUAAUCAUAGCCAACCAGAAUGACUCAUUUGCCUAAUAUUCAUGUGCUUUUAAGAUAUAAAACCGCAUGUAUCUAAUUAAAAACUGCAACCAACUA